CCGGCAUUCGGCUCCAAUGGCCAGGCGGUGUGGGCGGCCCUCUCGCUCCAUAACCCCACCCCAGGCUUCAGGAUGAUGAUCAACCGCAGUCGCCACUUUAUCAAGGGAACGUUGCGGCUGGCUGUUCUGACGCUGGGAAGGACGACGAUGAGUGCACAACCAGAAGAUUGGCGCAAGUCCCAAUCCAUUUAUGAAUUUAGUGCCAAAGACAUAGAUGGUAAUGAAGUCUCCCUGGACAAAUACAGGGGAUUUGUCUGCAUCGUCACAAAUGUGGCCUCCAAAUGAGGAAAGACUUCCGUAAACUACACUCAGUUUACUCAGAUGUACGAUCAGUAUACUGAGAAAGGUUUACGGAUUCUGGCUUUCCCUUGCAAUCAGUUUGGCAAGCAGGAGCCUGGAACUGAGGAACAAAUCAAAGCUUUUGCCAAUACCUACAAUGUAAAGUUUGAUAUGUACAGCAAAAUUGAUGUAAACGGGGACAAGGCACACCUGCUCUGGAAGUGGAUGAAGGAACAGCCCAAAGGAAAAGGGCUGAUGGGAAAUGCCAUUAAAUGGAACUUCACUAAGUUUCUAAUUAACAAAGAAGGUCAGGUUGUCAAGAGGUAUUCUCCUAUGGAUGAUCCUGUAGGACUGCAGUCUAUGUGCAUCAUUUCUUUUGGAAAAGCAAGGUAAGUACAACUCCAAAAAUGAGAUGCAACCAAGUUGGAAUUAGCAUGUAGAUCACUAGAUGAUCCACACAUCAGUGAAGCUCAAUGAACAAAUGGCAAAUUAGGAAACUGCUCCUGUGACAUUGCACUUUUAUGAGUGGCCAGCCAAUGAGGCUAAUCCUUGUUCAUAUAAGACCAUAAGAUAAAGGAGCAGAAUUGGGCCAUUUGGCCCCUCAAGUCCGCCUGCCAUUUCAUCAUGGCUGAUCCAUUUUCCCUCAGCCCCAAUCACCUGCCUUCUCCCUGUAUCCCUUCAUUCCCUGACCAAUCAAGAAUCUAUCACCUCUGCCUUAAAUACACAUUUACAGUUUGCCUCCACAACUGCCUGUGGCAACGGAUUGCACAGAUCUGCCACUCUAUCUAAAGAAAUUCCUCCUCAUCUCCGUUCUAAAAGGAUGCCCCUCUAUUCUGAGGUUGUGUCCUCCGGUCCUAGACUUCCCCCACCACAGGAAACAUCUUCUCUACAUCCACUCUUUUGAGGCCUUUCAACAUUUGAUUGGUUUCAAUUAGGUCAGCCCUUGUGAAUACAGUCUCGGAGCCAUCAAACGUUCUUCAUAUGACAAGCCAUUCAAUCCUGGAAUCAUUUUCAUGUACCUCCCUUGAAUCGUCGUGACCAAUAUCACGUUGGUCAUCUAUGCCAGGGGGAAGCAGAUCAUCCCUCCCGAGUCCAGUUAGUGAAAUAGUUUGGUUUUAUAACUUACAUUUUAAUUGAAGAUUGUGCUGGCCAAAGUCUAAUUGAUCAUCAGGAUAUGAUCUUGCAGUAGAAAUUUGCUUCAGAGCUGAGGUUCCCACCCUGGGGCCCACUAACUCCUUAAUGGCAUUGGUUUGUGGCUUUAAAAAUAGGUUAAAAUGCGGGAGCCCCUGCUUUUGAGGUUUGAGUGCCACAUUAUGGAAGAUGUUACGACCCUGUAAUGAGAAUGACAUUUUAGCU